UCACUUUCAUUUGUACGUUGAGUUUUUAAAAGACCUAUGUAAACAAUAAAAGCAAAAUUUUUACAAUUGGUUAAACAAGUUAUAUUUUUAUUAAAAAAAAAAAUUUAUUGACAAAAUGAAAAUAAAUCGAGGAAAAUUUAUAGUAUUCGAAGGUUGUGAUCGUAGUGGAAAAACAACACAAUGCAAAAAACUUGUUGAAUACUUAAAACAAAAUUCAAUACCUUGUGAACAUAUGAAUUUUCCAAAACGCGAUACCGCUAUCGGAAAAGUAAUUAAUGAAUAUUUACAAGGAUGUGUUACGUUAGAUCAUCAUACAAUACAUUUGCUUUUCUCUGCAAAUCGAUGGGAAUUACAGGAUAAAAUGAACAAAACAUUAUUGGCGGGAAAACAUAUUGUGUGUGAUAGGUACUCAUUUUCCGGUGUGGCGUAUACGGCUGCUAAAGAAGGAAUGGAUUUUGAGUGGUGUAAAAAUCCUGAAAUCGGGUUAAUCAAACCUGACCUUGUGUUUUACUUAAAGUUAAACGAGGAAGUUCAAAUACAACGACCCGGAUAUGGCGAUGAAAUCUACGAAAAACCAUUGUUUCAACGAAAGGUUUCUGAAAAGUAUGAGCAAUUAUUUGAUAAUAGUUAUUGGGAAACGAUUGAAGUUGACGGAACCAUAGACGAAAUUCAUAAUAACAUAGUUAAUAAGACUAAAAAGUUACUCGAAGAUACAGAAGAUAAACCCGUAAGCUACUUAUGGUAACUUACUACUUAAGUAUUAAUUCCAAAGCAAGUAUUUUUAUUCGGACGCAUUCCCACAGUUGUUGGAUAAAAAAAAAAGUGAAAGAUUUCACCUACGAUAUCGGAUGUUAUCAGAUUAAUGCACGUCAUUUGAAGUAAAAUUAAGUCUUGCUAUUUUAAAUAAACGAUUUCUGACGAGUUUUUCACGAAAGAUAAACUUAGAAUAAUAAGUCCAAUAUUAUAGCGAUUUAAACAUUCCUCUAGCUUCUAUGCCUAUUGGUCCUUUCUGUUAUCUUUCAGAAGUUAUUUUUAGGAUAUUCAAUUUAACUUCAAAAUCUCAAUAUCCGAAAGUGUAGUACUUUAACUUUAUCUGAGCGGUCUAAAAUAGCAGGGGAAUUUUUUUUAAAUUAGUU